UUCUUCAGGAACUGUACAGGCACAGCCUACUUACCUUCCACCCGGUAAUGCCCAGAUCAAGUUAUUGUGGGGGAUGCACCUCGCCCUGUCAAAACCUGCCUUAGUCUCUGGAUUCAGUGAAUUCCAGUUACUUCCUUUAUAUGAGCCUGAGUGUGCUUACCUAGACUGUGCUUUCUGCCGGAGUCCUCUUUUGUUUGCGUUAUGCUGAUAUUAACAGCUGUCCUCUACCCACAUAAUUUUAUCAUAUUUAGCUGAGAAACUUUUUAUAACAUAAUUCUUGGCAGAGAGGAAGUCAGGACGAUCCGCUGUUCAGUAUCUAAACGACUGAAAAAUUGUCGUUUUACACAAGAUUGUCGCUUACAUGUUACCUAUGUUGGUUGUGUGUUUUUUUCAAGGUUAGUAAUGUUUUUAGUCACCCUUAGUAUUAACUCCAUUUUCUUCAUAGCUUUUUCCUUUUUUAUUACCCGGUUGAAAACAGUUUUUAUCUUUUGUUGGAGAGGGAGAGUUAGCUUUCAGGAUUUUGCUGUCACUGAUUACUAUGAAAAGAAGAUCUGGAAGACCUAAUACUGUAUCAGAUUCACUUAAGAUGAUUUAUUUCUUAUUUCAGGAAGACCGACACUACCAUCUGAAGUUGGAAUAAUAAUAUGUGAUAUCACUAAUCCAGCCUCACUUGAUGAAAUGGCCAAACAGGCAACAGUUGUCCUCAACUGUGUAGGACCAUAUCGAUUUUAUGGAGAACCUGUAGUAAAAGCAUGUAUUGAAAGUGGAACUAGCUGUAUUGACAUCUCUGGAGAACCUCAGUUUCUGGAACUAAUGCAUUGGAAGUAUCACGAGAAAGCUGCAGAAAAAGGGGUUUAUAUCAUCGGAAGCAGUGGCUUUGACUCCAUUCCGGCAGAUAUGGGAGUAAUAUAUACCAAGAAUAAAAUGAAUGGUACUUUGACUGCAGUGGAAAGUUUCCUGACUAUAAAUCCAGGACCUGAGGGGUUGUGCAUUCAUGAUGGCACCUGGAAGUCAGCAGUUUAUGGUUUUGGAGAUCGCAGCCAAUUGAAAAAGCUACGAAAUGAGUCAAAAACGAAACCUCUCCCAAUUGUUGGUGCAAAAUUAAAAAGAAGGUGGCCAGUCUCUUACUGCAGAGAACUCAACAGUUACUCCAUUCCAUUCUUGGGAGUAGAUGUGUCUGUUGUGAAGCGAACUCAGCGUUACUUGCAUGAAAAUUUAGAACAAUUACCUAUUCAGUAUGCUGCGUAUGUAACUGUGGGAGGCAUCACCUCUGCUAUUAAGCUGAUGUUUGCAGGACUUUUCUUUUUACUCUUUGUGAAGUUUGGCAUUGGAAGGCAGCUUCUCGUAAAAUUCCCAUGGCUCUUCUCCUUUGGUAAUUUUUCAAAACAAGGUCCAACACAAAAACAGAUUGAUACCGCAUCAUUUACAAUGACAUUCUUUGGUCAAGGGUACAGCCAAGGCUUUACUCCUGAGAAAAACAAACCCAAUAUCAGAAUUUGUACUCAGGUGAAAGGACCAGAGGCUGGCUAUGUAGCUACCCCCAUAGCGAUGGUCCAGGCAGCCAUGACCCUUCUAAAUGAUGCCUCUGAUCUUCCGAAGGUGGGCGGGGUCUUCACACCUGGAGCAGCUUUCUCCAGAACAAAGUUGAUUGACAGACUCCACAAACGUGGCAUUGAAUUUAGUGUCAUUAGCAGCUCUGAAGUCUAAACAAUUGAAGAAUUUUCCAAAGUCAUAAAAUGCAUGCAUUAACAGCUUUUAUAUUUGAUAUUUGAAAUUCUUCUGUAAGCCUGUCUGGCUAUAUGCAGAAAAGAUUACCCAAUCUAAAAUAUGUAUACACAUUAAAAGCAGGAAAUUAUUCUAACUUACCCUAAAUUUCAAAUCUUAGCUGAUUUUGUGAUUUUAUUGCUUGUGAGAGAGAACUAAUAUUUGACUGACUUUUUCAUUGCAGAAUUUAUGGUCAGUUUUUAUAAGUGAGCUGGCAGAUCAGAAGGUGGGGUGGUGUCUCUAUCUGUGUUGCUAACAGAUUCCUUGAUGAGUAGCCCAGGCUGGUCAAGGCCACACUGCUGAUUUCCUUGCCCUGAUAUUGAGUGGAUCUUACUUUCCAGUGAGUUUUUCUACAUAUGUGUGGGCCUUUGCCAGAUUAAACUGUACUUUUUGUUAUUUUAGCUUAGUUUUUCACCCAUCUACAUUGAUUGAUUUUGGACUUACCAAAAGUUGAAUAAUAAAGGAUUAUCAAUUGAA